AUGACAGCGCCAGACAGCGAAAACUACCAAAUCUUCCGCGACUGCGUAUCGAGCGCGAUCGUCGCGAAAUUCUCUCCGACACCUCGAACCAAGAAAGCGCGACGUCCGCGCACAACCCCGCGCCAGAAGUCCAGCAGUCGAGCAGACCCAAAACCAGAGGCAGAACAAUUCAUAGCCACAGAAACCUUCCCAUCACUUCAACCACCAACACUCCAAACCCUCACCUACGACCCCAACACCGACUUCACAAGCGACAAAGAAUACAGUCCACAACACCUCGCCGAAAGGACCUCGCACACCCUACCCGCCUCUAUCACAGAUACGCUGACAGCGUACGCGGUCAUCGAAUCCGCGACCGACAUUCCCUAUUUCCUCGCGCCGAUACUAGGCGAGUACGUAGCGUCGGUGACGAAGCCGCCGCCGGUGUGGGCGACUACGCGCACGGAUGCGUGCGAGAUCUGUGAGCGGGAUUGGAUUCCGCUGUCGUAUCAUCAUUUGAUUCCGAGGAGUGUGCAUGCCAAGGUGGUUAAGAAGGGGUGGCAUGAGGAGUGGAGGUUGAAUAGUGUGGCGUGGUUGUGUCGUGCGUGUCAUAGUUUUGUGCAUCGCAUGGCGAGUAAUGAGGAGUUGGCGAGGGAGUGGUUUACUGUUGAGAGGAUUUGUGAGAGGGAGGAUGUGAUGGAUUGGGCGAGGUGGGUGGGGAGGGUGAGGUGGAAAGCUAGGUAG